AUGUCCAGGAUGUCUACACGAUUUAGCCAGUUCUUUACCAUCAUGAUUUUCGGAGCUUAUCUUGUCAUUUCGACAGAGGCAUUCCCAGCUGACUAUUACACACCAAGACCUGAGCCCCGAGCCCUCGAAGUCACAAACGCAAAGAACCUCAGGCAGCACAUCGAAGUCUACGGUAUACCAUACGGGGUUCUAGGCGCUGUCUCUCAUGCCCUUACCUUCUACGUUAUGCUCUGUCACUUCCUUGGAGUGAGGCCUUUGCUUCCGUGGAUGGCACUCAAAAAAGAACGCUGGAACAUCGCAGUAGUCACACUCUCCUCGCUCGUCUCCGUCAUCCUUGCAGGCGUUACCAUGGCUCGCACACGAGGAUCCCGCCCACUGCUGAUACUUGCCGGGAUGCAGAUCGUACUCCACGUUCUGGUGGACGUCAUCCAUAUACACUGCAUGUUUAGCGAUCGACUUGGUUUCGCAUGCUUCUGGGCGGUCCCACUUCUGGUUGUGUCGUUCUUCUCAAUAUAUGCUUUUUACUCGUUCCCGUUCGAAGAAGAAGAUGGCAGAGUUGGAAACCUCAUCGGCUCUGCUAUCUUUAUUGUGUUGCUUGCGUAUAUUGGCUUGACCGGGCUCGCGACCUUGAUCAAUAUCCUUGCAUGCAUCUUCUGUUUGUUCAAGCAACCUGCACCAUUUGGGUUUGCUAUUGCAGCUAUUCUGCUUAGCUGCGGGCUCUACUGGUUCGGUGAUUUUGGCAUGGCUACUGUGACGAGGAACCCAAUAGGGACGCCUUCGGACCGGAUCAAGGUGCUUUACUAUACAUACUGGGUGGUGGAACGAAUUCCGCUGUUCACCUUUUGA